AUGCGAUCGAUGGUGGCAGCGACGGAUACCAGAGGGAAACAUUGGAUUUCGGCUGAAUUGAAGCGGUUUGGGCAAGAAGUUCGCUUCUUGGAGCUAAGAUCCGUUGCUACUCGAGGUAUCAUUCCUUUUCUCCGGAGUGGGGAUUUAGUUAUUGAGGGCCGUACACUUAUGAAAUCACAUAUGGUAGAUUUUUACAAGUCUCUUUACUCCUUGGAAGUUCCGGUUAUGGAUGAUGGAUUGGUUGAUCAUUUCAUACUUAGACUUGUCUCGGAUGAAGAUAACAAAAAUCUCACUUUGAUUCCUUCAGAUUUGGAGCGCGGGGCCCGGAUAGCUUUGGUGGUGGCUUUUAUCAGUCUUUGGUGGGAUGUUAUGGUGGCAUGGCAUAAAGUAUGUGCUCUGGUGGAAGAAGGUGGCCUUGGUGUGAGGGAUUUCUUUACCCUCAAUCAAGGCUGCUCUGAUAAUAUUCACCCAUUGCUAGCGACAAGACUAUCUUCCAAGGAUGCGGAUUAUAUUGGUGAGGGGGAUUGUCUAUGGGGAUGGAUGAGCAUUGUUUUUGGCCAAAACUUUGUGGGAAACUCCCCACUUGAGUUGUUGGCUUUCUUGAAAUCAUGGAGUUUCAGUUCUCAGCUCAAGGAAUUGGCGCUAAGCACGAUGGCGAACUGUAUUAGCGUUAUCUGGAAAUCACAAAAUGAUUGUCGAUUCAAUGACAUUCCUCCAUCACUCAUUUCAGUUAAGUGUUUUAUUCUUUCUCUUACAUGGGAAUCUACAAUUCUGGUGUUUGGGACCAUGUUUAACAUGGUGGAGGAGCUUGGAAUACUUAUAAAGAUGGAUAUCAAAGGACGUCGAUGA